GUUCUCCAUAGAACACUUCCUCUAUUACUACCUUUACAAAUUAACUUGACCUUAUCUGUGUUUUCUUCAGUGAUGAAUACCCGUUUUGUCCAUCAAAGGAUUCGAAUUUUUCUUCUUCAACAUUGAUUUCUGAAGACCCAUAUUCUCUUCUUUGUCCAGAAUUUAAUAUAUAUGUAAUAUGGGUAUCAUUAAUAGAAAUUUGCAGCAAAAUGAAGAGAACAAAGGCAAAUGUGUUGGACUGAAUUCAAAUAGCAGAAUUGGGUCUUUGUGGUGUAAUCAUCCUCCUGGAGGUUUAUUCGCCAGUGUUAGUCAGAUCGGCAUUAGGUAUGGUUUAUCACCAAAUCCUCCAAAUUCAAAUGACAGUAUACUGGAAUUUGCAUACUCUUCGAAUAUGGCUAUGAAGUAUAGGACGGCACCGGAGUCUAACUUUCUGAUGAUAGGAGAGAUUGAUGAGGUGUUUGUAGAAGAGACUGAGAAGAAGAUGAAACAGAAGAUUGGUGGGCUUAGAUUGAAGUUUAAGGUUAAGAACCCAUCUCUUAGAAGGUUGAUUAGUGGGGCAAUUGCUGGUGUGGUUUCUCGGACUUCGGUUGCUCCAUUAGAGACUGUAAAGACUCAUUUGAUGGUGGGAAGUUAUGGGAAUUCUAUGAAUCAAGUGUUUCAGAAUAUAGUGGAGAAUGAGGGAUGGAAGGGACUGUUUAGAGGAAAUUUGGUUAAUGUUAUAAGAGUUGCACCCAGCAAAGGAAUUGAGCUGUUGGUUUAUGAUACUGUUAAGAAACACUUAAUGCCUGAAUUCCCAUUGCCAGCUUCUUUAGUUGCUGGUGGUAUUGCUGGAAUGAGCUCUACAUUAUGUACAUACCCUCUUGAAUUGAUAAAGACUCGCCUUACAGUUCAGAGAGGCGUUUAUAAAAACUUUUUGGAUGCAUUUUUCAAGAUUCUGCAGGAAGGAGGACCUGGCGAACUAUACAGAGGCUUAACUCCCAGUAUAAUUGGAGUUGUUCCAUACGCUGCCACCAAUUACUUUGUUUACGAUACGCUAAGGAAAUCUUACAAGAAGUUGUUCAGAAAAGAGAGAGUUGGAAAUAUAGAAACGCUUUUGAUGGGAUCCACUGCAGGUGUGAUCUCAAGUAGUGCGACGUUCCCACUUGAGGUGGCGCGAAAGAGGAUGCAACUAAAUGGAAGGCAAUACAGGAAUAUGGUUGAUGCACUUGUGAGCAUAAUUGAACAUGGAGGAAUUUCGGGUUUAUAUAGAGGCUUGGGUGCCAGUUUCAUGAAGUUGGUUCCUGCUGCUGGAAUUUCUUUCAUGUGUUAUGAGGCCUGCAAGAUUUUACUAGCACACGAAGAAGAGGAAGAUAGUAAUAAUAAUUCAACUAAUUGACAGUACAAAUUUUGAAUUUAUUCAACUCAACACAAGAAAUAUGAACACUUGACAAACUUUUUGUUU